AUGUUUAACCCAAACGUGUUUGAUUCUCAACAACACUUGCUUGAUAUGUCAUCAUCUCACAAGACUUCCUCAGAGAGUGAUGAUUUCGAGAUUACACCCGGAAACGACAUCAUGGAAGCUCCUCCUUCCGGUGACGACCAAGAUCCGAACAAACCACCCAAAAAGAAGCGCUAUCAUCGCCACACACAGCACCAAAUACAAGAGAUGGAAUCUUUCUUCAAGGAGUGCCCUCACCCAGAUGACAAGCAAAGAAAAGCACUAGGCCUUGAACUCGGGUUAGAGCCUUUGCAAAUCAAGUUUUGGUUCCAAAACAAGCGAACCCAAGUUAAGACACAACAAGAACGCCAUGAGAAUAAUAUGUUGAGGAAUGAGAAUGAAAAACUUCGAGCUGAGAACAAUAGGUUCAAAGAGGCACUAAGUAACGCUACAUGCCCUAACUGUGGAAACCCUGCCGCUCUUGGGGAGAUGUCAUUUGACGAGCAACACUUGAGGAUUGAGAAUAAUCGAUUAAGAGAAGAGAUUGAAAGGUUGACGUCAGGAAUGGGAGCAAAAUAUGGCGGAAAACCUGGGUCUUCUUACUCUAACAUGUCAUCACAUAAUCACAUGGCUUCUCGCUCUCUUGAUAUAGGAGUUGGUAACUAUGGAGCACAGUCAGGCAUGGUAGGGGAAAUGUAUGGAGGCAAUGACUCUCUUAGGUCACUCCCAGUUCCUUCUGAUUCUGACAAACCCAUGAUUGUGGAGCUUGCUGUUGCAGCAAUGGAGGAACUAACAAGGUUGGCUCUGGCUGGAGACCCUUUAUGGGUCCCUGCCAACCACUGUAGUGAGAUUCUAAAUGAAGAUCAAUACUUGAUGAAUUUCCCUAGGGGAAUAGGUCCAAAACCCAUUGGGUAUAAAUCAGAAGCUUCAAGGGAAUCCGUGGUGGUUAUCAUGAAUCAUAUUAACCUCAUUGAGAUCCUUAUGGAUGUGAAUCAAUGGGCAACUGUGUUUUGCGGUAUUGUUUCAAGAGCAAUGACACUCGAAGUUCUGUCAACUGGAGUGGCAGGAAACUACAAUGGAGCCUUGCAAGUGAUGUCAGCUGAGUUCAUGGUCCCUUCGCCACUUGUUCCAACUCGUGACAACUAUUUUGUAAGAUACUGUAAGCAGCACCCAGAUGGGUCAUGGGCGGUGGUUGAUGUUUCCUUGGAUAAUCUGCGACCAAGUACAAUCUUAAGAAGCCGAAGACGCCCUUCUGGUUGUUUAAUUCAAGAAUUGCCAAAUGGUUACUCAAAGGUUACAUGGGUUGAACAUGUAGAAGUGGAUGAUAGCAUGGUGCAUAAUCAUUAUAAACUUCUAGUUAAUUCUUGCCUUGCAUUUGGAGCUAAACGAUGGGUGGCUUCAUUAGAUAGACAAUGCGAACGUCUUGCUAGUACAAUGGCCACCAACAUACCACCGGGGGACCGUUGUGUGAUAACCAGUGCUGAGGGAAGGAAAAGUAUGCUGAAGCUGGCAGAGAGAAUGAUAAUAAGCUUUAGUAAUGGUGUUGGUGCUUCUACGGCACAUACUUGGACAGCACUAUCGCGACCUAAUUGUGAUGAUGUAAGGGUUAUGACCAGAAAGUGUUUGGAUGAUCCGGGGAGACCUCCCGGUAUAGUUCUCAGUGCUGCAACUUCUUUCUGGCUUCCAGUUCCUCCAAAGAGGGUUUUUGAUUUUCUUCGAAAUGAAAACUCAAGAAGUCAGUGGGAUAUUCUCUCCAAUGGGGGUCAAGUUCAAGAAAUGGCACACAUAGCAAAUGGUCGUGAUCCUGGUAACUGUGUCUCUUUACUUCGUGUCAAUAGUACAAAUUCCAGCCAAAGCAAUAUGCUUAUACUUCAAGAGAGUUGCACUGAUUCAACAGGCUCAUACGUGGUUUAUGCUCCUGUUGACAUAAUUGCUAUGAACGUAGUGUUGAAUGGGGGUGAUCCAGAUUACGUGGCCCUGCUUCCAUCGGGUUUUGCCAUUCUUCCAGAUGGGCCUGGGCUGAAUGGAGGGCCCAUAGUUGAGGUUGGAACCGGAGGGUGUCUUCUGACUGUUGCUUUUCAGAUAUUGGUGGAUUCAGUUCCAACGGCAAAACUCUCCAUUGGUUCUGUCACUACAGUUAACAGUCUCAUUAAGUGCACAAUAGAAAAAAUCAAAGCUGCAGUGAGUGAUGGGUGACAGAACAGAAGCUAAUUGCAGAGUCCUCCAAUAUUAGAAGAAAGGCAGAGAAAGAUGACAAGCUGGGAAGGUGGAGCAUACUUAAGUGUUAAGAUCAAGGAGAACAAGUCAAUGAACGCACCUUAGAGUAUCCUUUCAAUGUUA